AUGGUCGCCGCCCCGACCGCAUCCCCCACUGCCGCCUCGGCCCACUGCGCCCUCCUCUCCCACCUCUUCUCCACUUCCGCCCUCUCGGUUCACGUCCCCUCGGCAUCCCGCAGCCAUGCAAGCGUCGACCUGUCCAAUCAAGUAGAGCUGCUGAGGAGCAGUCAAGAUACCACCGCCACUUCGAUCACCACCAUCAGGGAGACGGCCUACUACGACGAGAACCUCGGCGCCAUCGUCGCGCUUCGCAUCCCAACCUCGGCUGCCCUGCCACCACCGCCGCCAUCGACCCCGCUCGAUUCCCGGUUACGCACCUCGGGGCUGCCUCUGCCCCUUGCUCCGCCUCACGUCCAUCAUGGGUCCGCUGCUGGCAGCGCGGAGCACGACGACGCCGCCGCCGUGCCCCGCAUCCUCUCCACCCUCCUCUUCUGCCUCCACGUCGCCCUGAGGGCAGAGUACGUCCCCCUCGCACAGAUCCAUGCCGCAUCUCAGCCCUCUCAGCACAGUCCAUUCGACCCGCUGCCCACCGUGCAUCGAGCACACGCACCCUACCAGCUCCAGCAUCCUGCCGACCCGCGUCACCCGCAACACCAGCAGCUGCAGCAGCACUCAGGCCAGUCGCACCCCGUCGGCUUCUUUGCGGCCGCAUGUGCCGGUAACAAGGGCUUCGACGCGCCCAAGGUAGAGUCAGACAAGGUGGACCGCCGGGCAUCGCACCUUGGUGCCCAUCUCCGGCGCUCUCGGGGCUACAUCGCCUUCGAUGGCGAACACUGGACUGUCCGAUGGCUCUGCGACGUGCCCGUCACGUUUGCCUCGACCCCCUUCGUGCCCGUCCUGUCCCUCACAGCCGCCCUCACCCUGCGCCUCUCGCCUCCGCUGCUCGACAACCUCCUCUCCGACCCGCUCGAGCUGGCCAACCUGUCCGCCCACGCCUUUUCCCACUCGCUCCUCUCCCCCCUCCAUCAGGGACCCGUCUAUCCGGACGAGUCGACCAGCGAGAGGCUGAUCCGCAUGCGCAACUCGUCGGCCCUCGGUCUCGAUGGCCCGCGAGGUCUCGGCAGCCACCUUACGCAGCUCGGAAAAGAGGUGCUGGGCGGCAGCCAUACCCUCGUCACGCCCCGGAGCGGCCUCGAGGGGCUCAAGGAGGUCGAGCGCAGGAGGAAGCGGAUGCUCGAGGCUGCCCUAGCGGCGGCCGGUCCCGACCCGAACGGCGCCUCGGCCGGCGCCAGCGGCAACCUCAGGUCGGACGACGGCGACGGUGAUCUCGGCGGUGGCUCCAGCCACAGAGGUGGCCCCGGUGGCGGUGACAUCGUCGACGACGACUCGGAUGGCGACGGUCGCGACUCGUCAUCGUCGCUGACAACGGCCCCGACUCACAGCGAUACAGCUGGCCUGCAGGUGCUCAAGCGCAGCGCGCGGACGGUGCUCGACGUCAAGAGCGGUCUCGGCGUGAGGAUGCGCACGCUCUUCACGCCCUUUUCGCCCUUUUCGCAGCGCGUCGACGCCGGCAGCGACCUGGACGAGGUCUCGGGCGAAGGGCUGGACGAGGCCUCGCUGGUGCUCUGUGUCGAGCUUGAGAACCCGUCCCAGUCCGGCCUGGAAUUCGACGUCCAGGACAUCGAGGUGCGCGUCGAGCAGGUCAGCGGCGAGGCCAGGGCCGUCGUGCGGCUGCUCGAAGGAGCGCCAGUUACGCCGGGACCGACGUCUGCGGCUGGCAGGACCGGGUCGAGCGGGUCGUUCCCGGUGCGGCUAGAGCAAGGGCAGCAGCGGAACCUGCUCUACUACCUCAGCGUCGAAGACGGCGACCCGACGUAUCAGCGCCCUGCUAUCCAGCUUGGUGGCGGCAACCCGGGCCGGAUGAGCAGCCUGCCCGGCUCGGGCAAGCGCAACGUCGCCAUCAUCGUCAAGGGCAGGCCCAUCAUGCUCGGCCCAAGUGCCUCGCCAACCACGUCAGAGAUGGAGCCGUUUGACUCCAAGUGGAACUGUGUUCUCGACCUUUCACCGCUCUUCAACUGCGCACGACGACGCGCCAAUGUCAGCCGGCCCUUUUCGGAACUGUCGCUGGCAGCGCCUCGCUACGCCGCGACGCCUGCGCCAUCGACGAAAGGCGGCAACGCCAGCCGACCUGCGUCGCAGCAGGUGUACCCGCCUACGGCGGGCAGCGUGCGUCACUCGGCGCUUGCCCUCGAAGAGGCAUAUCAGGUCGACCGAUCGCGGAACCUCGACAAACUUGCGGCGUCGGGCAGCGUCGCUGCCUCGAACGUGGGCGUCGGCGGCGCGCGCGGCGCUGCAGCGACAAAUCCGCGCCUCGCGGCCAUGGGCAAUGCCAUGGGCCGAUCGCUUUCGUUUGGGCCGAGCGUCGCGGCUGGCGCAGGCCAACGAGGCCCCAACGACCCGGUCAUGGCUCGAUCCGGAUCAUCGGGAACGAUACCGCAGCGCCAACAGCAGCAGCAGCAGCAGCGACAGCAGAUCGGACGCGGCCAUCCUCCUCCGCUCUCGCUCUCGACGGCGGGCGUGGCCGGAGGCAUGUCGCGGCAGCCCUCUGGUUUUGCGGCGGGUGAGAUGACGCCCGGCUACCCCGGUACGCCACGGUCGGCGAGCUUCCGGCUCGGAUCGGCCGGCGGUAUAUCUGGUGGAGGAGGUGGCUUGCUGUACAAGGCCAGGCAGCGUGCCAUCAGCGCCGCCACGACCGCUGCGGCAGGGGCAGGAAUGCCCGAGGACUCGGCGGGUCAGGGCCGGAGCAGGACGGUCAUGUCGAUCGGCCAAGAGUGGGGUCAGCAGCAGGAGCUCGACUCGAUGCUGGAACGCCGCCCUUCGGCGGCGGCGGUGCACGGCUACGCCGGUGCGGCUGCCGAUCCAUCGACGGCGACGGCGGCAAGCCUGCGGACGAUACGGCCGUGGUCGCAUGCCAACGCUCACGCCGAUCCGAACGUCGUUGGGGCCGGGCAGCACGAUGGCAUCCUCGUCACGACGACGAUCCUCCCGCCACGGCCGCCAUCGUUGUCGUCGCCGUCGUCUCUGCCGUCGUUGUCGGGGUCGUCGUCGACCAAAUCGCCGGACUCGGCAGCGGGUCAGCUCGAUGGCGUAGGCGAGGCUGAGCCGCAUCGGCGCCAGUCUGUAGCCGAGGAUCUGACGUUUACGUCUUCGAUCACGGCCAACGGGCAGGAAGCGGCGGCGAUCAGCACGGGCGAGAAGCUGGUGUCGUCGGACCUGCCCGGGGAUGUACCCGGAGAUGCCGUGGGGGCAGUGGCUUCGGUGGCGCAGGACGACGUGGCCAAUGCGGCGGCGGCGGCCGAGGGCGGGCGGUGGAAGCACGAGCGCGGCGGGGUGGUCGAGAUUGAGGUUGCGCUGGUCAACCGGCAUCGCGGCGGGUCGUCGGCGUUGGGCGGGGCGGAUGGGUACGGGUACGCGGGCGGCGAGCAUGAUGGCGGGGACUGGAGCGUGGUGGUGAGCUGGGACGAUGCGUCUGUGGCGUCGGUGGACACGGGCGCCGCUCGACUAGGCGGCAAGCUGCUCGACUCUGAAGGGAUCAAGCAGCGCUACCUGUGGGCGCAGCCGUCGUACGCGUCGGUGGUGCCCGUCGAGAACCACGUUGCGCUUCCCCUAUCGGGGCAGGCGGGCUCGACCAACGGGACGACGAUGAAGCUCGUCUGCCUGUCGAGCGGCUACGUGGUGCUGCCGGACCUGGUUGUGCAGGUGUACAGCGCUGGGCACGCCGAGGCGGAAGAGGUGCGCAUCCAGGGCCUAGGCGCCAUUUUUGUAGACUGA